UGUAUAAAACUCAAGACCCUCUACCCUCUCAUCUCUCCCUCCACACCUUCUUCCAUCAGACUCCUCUCUACCGUCAGACCGUCUUCUCUCUCUCUCUCUCUCUCUCUCUCUCUCUCUCUCUCUCUCUCUCUCUUCAACCGUAGAUGAAAUUCGGAAAGAUUCUGAGGAUUCAGAUAGAAAAGACGCUGCCUGGUUGGAGGGAUAAGUUUCUGUCGUACAAUGAAUUGAAGAAGCCGCUGAAGCCCAUCGAUCCUAAGGGAGUAGAUGAGCCGAGUAGCAAUAAACGGCCCAGAUUGACCACGGAUGGUACGGAGGGAGGAGAAGCGAUGACAAGGGAGAAGGAUUUCAUCAAUCUCUUGGAGGCCGAGAUCGACAAAUUCAACACGUUUUUCAUCGAGCAGGAAGAAUAUUACAUCAUACAACUGAAGGAGUUGCAAAACCGAGCAGCUAAGGCAACAGACUCGAUUGAGGAGCUCAUGGGAAUAUGGAAGGAGAUUGUGGAUUUUCAUGGAGAGAUGGUUCUCUUGGAAAAUUACAGCGCAUUCAACUACACAGGCCUAUUGAAGAUACUAAAGAAGUAUGAAAAGAGAACUGGAGCUCCCAUUCGCUUGCCCUUCAUCCAAAAGAUCUUACAACAGCCCUUCUACAACACUGAUGUGCUUAACAAGCUCAUAAAAGAGUGUGAGACUAUGCUUGACCGCCUUUUCCCUGCCAAUGGGCCGGCAAUCUCAGUGUCCCAUGUUGAGGAGCAUCAGCCCAAUCCUGCAACAACAGAGAAAAGCAGUUUGCUCAAAUGCCCAAAGGAGUUGGCAGAGAUUGAGAACAUGGAGAGCUUCUACCUAAAGAGUACAGUGUCGGCACUGCAGGUUUUGAGGAAGAUAAGGAGUGGGAGCUCAACAGUUAGUGUUUUCUCAUUGCCACCCUUGCAGAGCAGUGGCUUGGAGGGAAGUUGGAGUAAUAUUCCUCUGUCAGAACUAGUAGCUGAAGAUGUAGUUGUAUGAAGAAAAUGAACUUGUUUUGUAUUUCAUAUGCUAAAGAUCUCUCCAUCACAAGCUUGAACAUUUUCUUUUAUUUGUAAUUUAUCCUAAUAUACGUGGUAUGAGGUUAGCUGGAAUA